CGCAGUGUUGUCUAGUAGGAUUGGCGAUUGGAUUCGGGGGAUGUGGCGGAGUUUCCAGAGGCGGAAAGAUGAAGACAGAAACCGGCGACUUCCAGCGAGGGGAGGACAUAGACAUGGAAGUAAUGAAGCCUCUGAUUGGAGAUGAAGGAUGUUCUGAUGGGAACUCGGAUGACGAGCAGUCCGCUCAGCGAGAUUACCACCCGAACAAGGAUGACGACGGCCUGACGUUUGUUCAGACACUGAUACACGUUUUAAAAGGGAACAUAGGUACUGGUCUCCUCGGGCUUCCUCUGGCCAUAAAAAAUGCCGGCAUUUUGUUGGGACCGGUGAGCCUUUUAUUUUUUGGCAUUGUCUCCAUUCAUUGUAUGAACAUGCUGGUUCGCUGCAGCCAUUUUCUGUGCCAAAGGUACAAAAAAGCAAAUUUAGGCUACAGUGAAACAGUCGGGCUGGCCUUGGAAGUGGGACCUGUCAAAUCCCUCCAGCAAUAUGCCUCAGCAGGAAAGAAUAUUGUUGAUUUUGCUUUGGUGGCCACACAGCUGGGCUUCUGCAGUGUUUACUUUGUCUUCCUAGCGGAGAACGUGAAGCAGGUAUUCGAAGCUUCCUUUGAAAGCCAUUCCCAGCACACAGAACCAACGGGGAGAUGGGAUCUUGAUCUGCGGCUGUACAUGUUAUCCUUCCUUCCUCUCAUCAUACCAUUAGUUUUUAUACGGGACUUGAAGAGCUUGUCCGUCUGCUCCUUCUUAGCCAACGUCUCCAUGGCCGUCAGUCUUGUUAUCAUUUAUCAGUACGUGAUGCGGAAUAUUUCAGAUCCUCGAACACUCCCUUUGGCAUCAAAUUGGAAGAAGUAUCCACUGUUUUUUGGAACGGCCAUAUUUGCCUUUGAAGGAAUAGGAGUGGUUCUCCCCCUGGAAAACCAAAUGAAAGAAAAGAGAGCGUUUACUCGCGCCUUGAACAUUGGUAUGGCAAUAGUGAUGGUUUUGUAUAUCUCGCUGGCCACAGUGGGUUACUUGAGUUUCGGAGACCAAAUCAAAGGCAGCAUUACUCUAAACCUUCCUCAGGAUUCCUGGGUCUAUCAGCUGGUGAAGGCUUUCUACUGCUUUGGAAUUUAUGUGACCUAUGCGAUUCAGUACUAUGUUCCUGCUGAAAUUAUCCUGCCAAUGUUUACCUCGAGAGUGUUCAAGAAAUGGAAGCUGCCCUGUGAACUUACUGUGAGGACGUUACUGGUCUGUGCAACCUGUGCCAUGGCAGUGUCCAUCCCUCGUCUUGACCUGGUGAUCUCAUUUGUGGGUGCUGUGUUAAGCAGUUCAUUAGCCCUCAUCCUACCCCCGUUGGUAGAAAUCAUAACCUUCUAUAAAGAAGACAUCCACCCGCUCACAGUAGCGAAGGAUCUCUCCAUCGCCCUGAUUGGAAUUGUGGGAUUCGUUAUGGGGACAUACGUGACCGUUGAAGAAAUCCUUUAUCCGACUCAUUUAUUGUUAGUGGCAAAUGUCACAGGGAGUCCUCUUAAAGACAUCAACAGCACUACCUUGGGAACUCCUUGAGAAGAGAACAUUCUUAUUCCUGUGCCUUUAAAUCUGGAUGAAGGGGGCUCAACAGAUUUAUUUAUUAAAAGCAAUACUAUAUAAAGAGAUAUUUUAUUAUAUAUAUUUUAUGCAUUUUUUUAUCUGGGUAAGGGUUAAUAGUCUUAGGUGUCUUUUGGGUUGUAGUUAGGGAUAUUCUGACCAAUUACAUUUAUGGUGUACGGUACUUUUUAUGAUGGUUCGCGGUCAAACCUUAGGCACUCUUGAAGUAUUCAGUGGGAGUUGUAGUUCCACAGCAGCUAGAGAGCUACAUGUUGUAAACCGCUGCUUCAAAGGAUGUCGGCAGUAGUUGAGCGCAAUUAGGGAAACCUACACUUUCCCAAGGUAAAGAUGUCUGUCUUAAAGUAAAUGUCUCCUUUCAGCUUUUUUAUUUGUUUGUCUAACAUUCUGUGCCGAUUAAUUUGCUAAUUUAUACUUUAUAGUUGUCAUAGAUCAGUUUUUCUGUUGCAGAACCUCAAAUUCCCGAAAUAGAAUUAGAGCUAGUGAUAAAAUUCUUGCUACCUGCAGCAACCACUAGGGGGAGCUUACUGCAUACUGUAUUGUUAAUACAUGUUGUAAGCUCCCUCUAAUGGCGGCUACGGACUGAUCUUUGCCAUUUAGCUCUAUGACUUUGCAGGGACCGGUGUAUCAGUAAAGCCAAGUUAUAACCCCUUAAAGGGAGUCUGUCAUGUGUUUUACUCAUGUAAAACAGCUCAAAUCACACUGUAGGUUACAUACACAGUUCGUAAAUGGUACCUUUUAUUGCCUUGUCUGCUGCUCUGAUGGUCCACAAAUUAACUUUGAAGCCAUAUGCAAAGGAACUUGCAAGUUCCCAGGGGCGUUGUUUAUUGCUGCAAAUGCCCGGGCCCCCAGGUGUUACCCGGUUAUAACUCCUUCUCUGUCUGGCUGUAAGCCAACCUAGUAUCCUCUUAGCAUCACUGUCCUCUGUCCCCGAAAUCCCGCGACGGAGCAUGUGCAGUCCCUUCGUCGAUGCCUCCGCCCAUACUCUGUAUUGUAUGGGGCGUGCCUGGGCCUGGCAGUGAUGUGUGCGGGAUUUCGGACACAGAGGACAGAGACGUCAGGAAGAUACUGGGCUGCCUUAACGCCAGACAGGGGAGGAGUUAUCGCUAAAUAACAUCUGGUCCCAGGCACUUUCAGCAAUUGACAAGGAUCCUGGGCACUUGACAACUUAUUUGUGUAUGGCUUCAAAGUUCAUUUUUGGACUAUCAGAGCAGCAGACAAGAAAAUAAAAGGUACCAUUUGUGAACUGUGUAUGCAACCUCCUUUGUGAUUUGAACAGUUUACAAGAGUGAAAUAGAUAGACUCCCUUUAAGGCAUUAUCAUGUACAUGUACGACGUUGUCCUUAAAUAGGGUUGUAUGCCCACUCCACAUGCGGUGGGUACUGUCUCUAUAAUACAGCAGGCACCUGGCUGCAAUGUCUGGGAUCAGCGUUGAUGCCCUUUGCCUUCCAAUCGGACCCCCAGCAGCAAAAUCAUGGGACUCCAAUUGGUGCAAGUGCCAUGACAGCUUGAGGCCUUCUGAAGGUUCCGAGGUCUGUCAUGGUUAACUGGCUGUAAAGACCUGUGCGAGGCACGGCUCAGCAGGAACUGUCUCAGAAUCCCAUAUACCGCAAUAAUAUUCAAUUGUGGUGUAUGGGACAAGCAAGUUCCAGUCUUGUAGGGGAACUAAAAGUUACUGUGGAGAAAGUUUUAAAAAAAUAAAAAAUAUAUAUUAAAAAUUAAAAUCACCCCCUUUCCCAAUUUUACAUAUAAAAAUAAACAAUAAAAAAAUAAACGUAACAGGUAUCGCUGUGUCCUGAAAUGCCUGAACUCUAAAGAUAUAAAAAUAUUUUUCCUGAGCGGUGAAUGCCGCAAGGAAAAAAUAUCCACAAUUUGCCACUUGCGAAAAGUGAAUAAAAUUAUCAAAAAGCCAUAUGUACCCCAAAAAUGGUAGCAAUAAAAGCUACAGUUCAACCUGCAAAAAACAAGCCCUCGGAAGAUGGAACUGUCAAAAAGUCAUGGGUACCAGAAAAUUGUGAUGCAAAGAAAAACAUUUUUCAAAGGUUUUUAUUUUUUUAAAGUAGUGAAAAUACUGUAGCAACUACAAAUGUGUUGUCACCGUAAUCGUAUUGUCCUGCACAAUAAGGGUGUUAUGUCAUUUUGAGCACACAGUGAAUGUACCUUGGAGGAAUUUUGGCUUUUUAUCCCACAAAUAAAUUUUUUCCCUUUUUUGAAUACAAGUAACAUAGUACAUAAGGCCGAAAAAAGACAUGUGUCCAUCCAGUUCGGCCUGUCAUC